CUGGAGGGCCGGGCCAUGUCGUUCCAGAACACCCUCCGCCUGUCCCCGGACAGCCCUGUUCACGCCGUUUGUGUGCUGGGUACAGAAAUCAACCUGGACCUCAGUGGGGCUGCGCCGGACAACUGCGAGUUUUUCACCGUCAGUGGCUCCCAGAGGGUCCUGAUCAACGUGUGCGACGUGAUCAUCACCGAGAAGGAGGCGGCCACCAUCUGGCAGCCCCUGUCCGACACCACGCACGUGCUGGUGCGGAUGGUGUCGCCCAGCCCCGCCGUGGACGAGGACAAGGUCUCGGUCUCUUACUAUCGGCCUCAGGAGGAGGAGCCGGUGGCCACAGCUGUGCUGUACCUCACUGGCAUCGAGCUCUCCCUGCAGGUGGACAUCUACCGCAAUGGGCACAUGCAGGUGCCAACCGAGAAGCAGGAGAAGGAAAAGUGGGUCUGGGGUCCCAACGGUCAGGGCCCCAUCCUGCUCGUGAACGCUGGCCCGGCCGACGUGGGUCAGCUGAUCGAUAAGGAGACCAACAAGGUGUUCCUUUCCGACGAAAUCAAGAACCUGUCCCGGAUGAUCCUGAACCUCCAAGGCCCCAGCUGCGUCCUGAAGAAAUACCGGCUGGUCCUCCACACCUCCAGGGAGGAGGCGGAGAAGGCGCGGGUCUACUGGCCCCACAAAGACAGCUCCAGUGCCUUCGAGCUGGUGCUGGGGCCUGGCCAGCACUCCUACACCUUCGCCUCCAUUGAGAACCCCUUGAAGGAGACCUUCUACCUUGAAGCUACACAGUUCCCGUCUGCCAGCUUCUCGGGCCUCAUUUCCUACUCGGCCUCCUUGGUGGAGGAGUCUGAAGACCCGUCGAUUCCAGAGAGCCCGGUGUACAAGGACACGGUCGUGUUCCGCGUAGCCCCUUGCAUCUUCGUCCCCAGCACCCAGAUGCCCCUCGAGGUGUACCUGUGCAGAGAGCUGCAGCUCCAGGGUUUUGUGAACAUGGUGACCGAGCUGAGCGAGAAGAGCAACAGCCAGCUGGCCUCUGUCUAUGAGGACCCCAACCGCCUGGGCAGGUGGCUCCAGGACGAGAUGGCCUUCUGCUACACCCAGGCUCCGCAUAAGACGGUUUCCUUGAUCCUCGACACCCCCAGGGCCGCCAAGCUGGAAGACUUCCCCAUGAAAUACUCGCUGAGCCCUGGCGUUGGCUACGUGAUCCAGCACACCGAGGACCACAGGGUGGCCAGCAUGGAUUCCAUCGGGAACCUGAUGGUGUCCCCGCCCGUCAAGGUGCAGGAGAAGGAAUACCCCCUUGGCAGGGUCCUCAUUGGCAGCAGCUUCUACCCCAGCGUGGAGGGCCGGGCCAUGAGCAAGAGCCUCCGGGACUUCCUCUACGCCCAGCAGGUCCAGGCGCCCGUGGAACUCUUCUCCGACUGGCUGAUGUCGGGCCACGUGGACGAGUUCAUGUGCUUCGUCCCCACGGACGACAAGAGCGGGAGCAAGAAGGGCUUCCUGCUGCUCCUGGCCAGCCCCAGCGCCUGCUACAACCUCUUCCAGGAGAAGCAGAAGGAAGGCUACGGGGAUGCGGUGCUGUUUGAGGGCGUCAGAGGGGACCAGCUCCUCUCUAACGGAAGGGAGGCCCGCACCAUCAAUCAGCUGCUCGCUGACGAGAGCCUGAGGAAACAGAACGACUACGUGGAGAAGUGCCUCCGCCUGAACCGCACCAUCCUGAAGUCGGAGCUGGGCCUGGCGGAACAAGACAUUGUCGAGGUCCCUCAGCUCUUCUGCCUGGAGCAGCUGAGCAACGUGCCGUCCGAGCAGCAGAGCCGGAAGCCCCUGGCAAGGCCAUACUUCCCCGACCUGCUGCAGAUGAUUGUGAUGGACAAGAACCUGGGGGUCCCCAAGCCUUUUGGGCCCCAGAUCAAGGGCAGAUGCUGCCUGGAGCAGGAGCUGCGCCGCCUGCUGGAGCCCCUGGGCUUCCAGUGCAGCUUCAUCGACGACUUUGACUGCUACCUGACCCAGGUGGGCGACUUCUGCGCCUGCGCCAACAUCCGCCGCGUGCCCUUCGCCUUUAAGUGGUGGAACAUGACGCCCUAG